AACGAAGUUACCUCAACAUCGCCUACACCUGAAAUAGAUUCUUCUAUAGAAAUAGAAGAUACCUUUAAUAAAUCUUUCCAUAAGGAAAAUAAAACAUUUCAAAUAGAAUUUAAAGACAUUGAUCCAGAAGAUUAUAAUGGUGUAUCAUUAGAAGAUGCUUAUAAUGAUCUACAAUAUUUAGAAACUGUCAAAUAG